AUGCACUUCUCGGAGACGCGACCAGACGACUACGAAAGGACGGACUUCGGGUGGGAUUGGUCAAGAAACUGCUUUCAGAAAAACCUUGUGGGGACGUUCGAUGAUCUUGGCAAGGCAGAUUUGAUGGAGAUUUUUUCGAAAUGGAAGCAGCUUAUAGUGGGAACAGAGCUGGGCAUUCUUGUGAUUGACGAGUGUCUGUAUGAGGAGGUGGAGUUUCCAAGAGCAUCUUCUCACUUUUGGAAAGUGGUUCUCAUGACAGCAACCGCCGGCACAACAGGAAUGAAAAAGGUGCUGAAGUUUUUGCACCUUGAUGAGGAUACUCGGGUGUGGGACUUUGUGAAAAGCUCUCCGCUGACCCAUAGUCGAUCGUACGGUUCGAACAUGUGGAGGAGAAGGACCUGUACAACGUGGCGCUUGAGAAGAUCCACAGAGCAUGUGACCAAGACCCCGGGGCAAAGGUUGUGA